UUUACUUAUGUAUGUAGUGUGCAAUGCCAUAACAAUGUAAAUGCCAUUUUUUUCUAAAUAUGUUUUAUUGAAGAACUGAAUUCUAAAUGCAAUGUUUUCUGUCACAAAAGAAUAUUGUGGCAAUAUUGACAGUGUAAAUGGCUGUAUUUUUGAAGAUGAAUUUAUGUGAAAAUAUAACGUUUAAAGUGACAUAGUGCAAGUCAUGUGACUUUUGGCACAUAAAACAUCAAGGCUUAUAUUUACAUCAUUUUGAUAUUCCAGAGAAUUUGUAACUCAGUGAGUUUUUACCAUUUUAUUGUAAAAUUGAAAUGAAUUCAGAAAAAAUGUAUUUUACUUCUGAAAAGUUUCUUUUUUGACAUUUACAACAUUAUGGCAUUGCACGUGUCAGAAUAUAAAAAUCGUCUGGCACUCAGUUUUCCCGCCUUUUUAUGAACGACCGUUGUGGCCAUAGAUACGGCGAUCAGACCAUUUUGAAAACUUUACUGCUCACUGGUUAAAAGACAUCAGACCAUAGGCGGAUGUCUUAUAGAGCUGGUAAAUGCUGAUUGGUGGAAUCCAAUGCUGUUUCAAUCCUAUAAAAGCAUUGAAGGUCUGGCGGGAAGUUCAGUUCGGCUUCGGACAUUGGAAGUGAGCUCACGCUCACCUUAGCUUGCCUAAGCUGUUUAGAAGAUUGCCUCAUCUUGUUGUAUUGUUGUGGACUUUGAAUUUGUACGUCGCAAGGUGCUUUUCCAACGGACCUGUUGCAGUGGACGAUUACCUCGAACUUUGUUAAUAUCUAAUGUUUGUAAUUCUUAUAUGUGAACUUUAAUUGUAACUGUACAUACGUUUAUUUUCAAUAUACAUUAAGUUUUAAAUUUAUCUGGCUCUGAAGAAUAUUUGAAAUUGACUGGCGCAGUUUCGACAGGAUUACUACAGGAUUAUUUUGGAUUACAUUGGAUUACCACAGAUCGGAAGGGCUGAUCUGCGACGUACAUAAGGAUAGAAGAACACCGGCAAUCAUUGACCCAGGUAAAACUUUAUUUUAAUCGCUACCACAGAGAUGCCUAAACGCACGAAAGCGCGAGGUUUAGAAACAGGGAAUUGGGAAGAUGAUGGGCCGACCAAGGGACGCAGGGCAGGAGGCACAGGAGGCGAAUCUCGGGAAGAAAUCGAAGCGCUUAAGCUUCGGAUUGAACUCGCGAAAAUCGAGUCUGAGGCCAAGGUGAGGGCAGCGGAAAUUGAGUCGGAGGCCAAAAGGAGGCUAGCGGAAGCUGAGGUUAGAAAGGCGGAAAUUGAGUUAGAGCGGGAUAGGUUACAAAAGGGGACCCGAGACGCAGAGGAUAAUAUCGGAAAAGCAAAUUUUGACGAUUACGCUCGCAGGGUAAAGGCGGCACUGCCUAAAAUGCCGGAAGAGGAGGAGGCAGUACCAUCUUGGUUUCGUAUGGUUGAAGUAAUUUUGGAGACCUACGAGGUCCCGGCAGAAUUACAGGGACAAAUAGUUUUGAGCGUGCUAUCGGAAAAAUGCAAAGCGGCACUGACAAGAUUGUCAGUGGAUAAGGUCAAACAUUACCCUUCCUUGAAGGAGUUUAUUCUCGAAGAGUUGAGACUCUCACCGGCAGAAUAUCUCAAGGGAUUUAGGCGGACAGGACGCUACCCGGGAGAAACAUGGCCGCAAAUCGCGUCGCGCCUGAAAGACCUUUAUCAGCACUAUGUAGAUAGUAGAGAGGUGGAGACAUUAGAAAGUCUUGUUGAGCUAACAGUAGCGGACCCAGUGGUGAUAUUCAGCGGUGGAGUCCUAGCCUUACAGGAAGGGAAGGGAUGGAGUAAGCCUGCGGAAUUGGCCAGGUUUGUAGAGAAAUUUGACGAGGCGUCAAGUAGUACGUCCCCAAGCAAAAGCGAGAAAAACGGCGAACAAAAGGACUCGUGGAGAGAGACGAAAGGGAAAUCUAGUCCCGUGACGCAGACUAUAGAUGAACAACCCCACAAAAAUGGUUGUUACGUCUGCGGGAAAACGGACCAUUGGAGGAGAAACUGUCCGAAACGGAAGGCACAUAGUGAGCCUAAACUCGUGGCGCGGCUCGUGGCUACUAGUAACAAUCCCCAGGACGAGAGGCGUUUAGUAACGUCGUAUGACCAACCAAAAGUCAUAACAGCGCCGAAGAAAGUCAAAUUAGCAUGCGGCGGAAGCUGUCUUUCGGCCAUAGUUGACUCUGGAGCUGGGAUUUCGGUUAUAAGGGAGUCGUUGGUACCUACCUCGGUGACGGAAACGAAGGGGAGAAUCCAAUUGGUUGGGCCCUUCGGUCACCGGAUCGAUGCGGUGUUAGUAUCGGUCCCGAUAGGGCUGUGGGAGAAAGACUUCGCAGGGUCGCGAAGGUCGGAACUGGUGACGUGCGCCUUAACGGACGAGUUAGACCAGACCACGGAUGCCUUGUUAUCGGAGAAGGAUUACCGGAUGCUAGUAGACCGAAAGCAGAAGCUCCAGGGAAAGGGAGAAAGACAAGUGAGGAACUUAAGGGUAGAUGGUAACGGAAACCAUCGGGAAAAGGAGCUAGAACCUCUCUCAGAGGCGGGGUGCAGUGGAAAUAGCACCGAAAAUGAGAAAGGAACAGAAGUACGAGACGCCCAAGUCCGGGACGAGUCACUAUCUCGAUUGUGGGAGGCCGCUAAGCAUAAGAAAGAUGGGUUAACUGUAGAGGACGGGAUACUAUAUCGGCAAGAUAGUUCGUUCGGCAGACCCAUUAAUCAGAUAGUUGUUCCCCAAGAACGGAGAACGGAAGUGUUAGAUUUAGCACACAAAGCUCCGUGCGGUGGACAGUUUGGCAGUCGGAAGUUAGCAAGUCGCGUUCGCGAGAGCUUCUAUUGGCCGGGAACAGCGACCGAGCUCUGA